UAGGGCGAACAGAAAUUAGGGCGAACGGACCCGGAUUAAGACUUAUACCAUUUUUAUCAGAUCAAAUAAUUAUUGACCUUUUAAGUAAUCAGUCACUUAUAAUUCAUCAAGUAAAUAAGGACCGUUGGCUGUAAAUAAGAUAUACUGCAACGGCAAAGAAAAUGCGACAUAAAUCGUUCCGUGGCAAUUGUCUUCGUUCGACAACAUUAUAGACGGGGCGUAGACUGUACCAAUAUCUGUUCCACGUUUAGGCCAUUGAGGACAUUCAUAUUUUGUCAGUGGGUUGACGAAGUUAUUUUGUAAACAAUCAUAUCUUUUAAUAGCCUCAGACGUGGAUAAUUGUUCAUAACUAAAUUUACCAUAUUUUUGUUUUCGCAUUCUUCGUUGAGGAUGACGGAAAAUGUUUUUUUGUUCCUUCCGAAUAUUGUGGAUUACUUCCGGGUGAUAUUUGCCUUUGCAUCGUUCUACUACAUGAAAACGGACCCAUGGCGGGCCUCCAUUCUGUAUAUUACAAGUGGACUUCUGGACGCAAUAGAUGGGCAUCUGGCAAGAACUCUCAACCAAGGGAGUAAGCUGGGUGCGAUGCUGGACAUGCUUAUAGACCGCAUGGCGACCAUGUGUCUGUGUGCCGCGUUGGUACACUUCUACCCGGACUACAUGCUUUUCUUCCAGGCCUACAUGGCCAUCGACAUAGUCAGUCACUGGUUCCAUGUGCAGGGGUCCUUAAUGACUGGUAACACAAGCCACAAAGUACUGGACUUGUCUGCCAAUCCCAUACUCCGACACUACUAUCACAAUAAGUUGAUCCUUUUUGUGAUGUGUGCAGCCAAUGAACUGUUCUUCUGUAUGCUGUAUCUGUGUUACUUCACACAAGGACCAACAUUACUGUUUGGUGUGGGCCUGUGGAAGGCUUUGCUGUGUAUAUGUGCACCACUGUCCUUCAUCAAGACGGGGAUUAGCUUGCUGCAACUUUGGGCAGCCAUGACCAACAUUGCCACCCUCGAUAUGGAGGAACGCAAGAAGAUGAAAGCAAAAUAACCAGGCAACCUGUUCUCUUAGUAACUGAGCUCCCUGGGAGGGAAUUUUAGAAACUGUUGUACUGAUUGGAAAUAUUAAUGUUUGGUGCUUAAAAUAUGAUAAAGGGAGUCUCUGGAAUGAAACUUGCACCCUCAUAUUAAGCCUAUUUUUCUCACAGACUUAUUUUAACAGGGUGGCUUUUUUAUUGUAACGUACGUAGUUGCAUGUUCUUCUUUGUCAGUGUUUGUUGUUACGUAAAUGGAUAUUGUGGAGAGUAUCAUGCUUUGUUAGGUAUGCCUAUUUUUUUAAUAGACUAUUACAGUAUUACAGUACCAUCUUCACUUACUACAAUACUCACUUUUGAUCAUUAAUUGAUUAAUGGGACUCAAUUGAAUGACUAACUGUUUUAUUUAUACAUUCCAUCUUUCAGUAAGCUUAUAUAUGUAAUUCCAAUAGAUAAGUGACACAACUGGCUGUUAUUUAAUUUCAUUAAUGAUUUGUAAAUUCAAAAAAAGGGGUUUUGAUCCAUUUUUAGCUCGACUGUUAUAUAUGAAAUAUACAUAGUGGAGCUAUCCUACUCACCCCGGCGUCGGCAUCUGCGUCUGCGUGUAAAUGUUAAAGUUUUCGUACUACCCCAAAUAUUUUCUUUGUCCCUUGACAUAUUGAUUUCAUAUUUUGCGUACUUGUUUACCAACAUGACCCCAACCUAUAAACAAGAGCAGACAACUCUAUCAAGCAUUUUGUCAUAAUUAUGGCCCCUUUUCCACUUAGAAUAUGCAGCAAAUGUUAAAGUUUUCGUACUACCCCAUUUAUUUUCAUUGUCCCUUGACAUAUUGCUUGUAUAUUUUGCAUACUUGUUUACCAACAUCACCCCAACCUAUAAACAAGAGCAAACAACUCUAUCAAGCAUUUUGUCAGAAUUAUUGCCCCUUUUAUACUUAGAAUAUGCACAUUAUUGAUAAAUCUAUGUUAAAGUUUGCGUACUACCCCAAAUAUUUCCUAUAUCCUUUGACAUAUUGCUUUUAUAUGUUGCAUACUUGUUUACCAACAUGACCCCAACCUAUAAACAAGAGCAGACCACUGCAUCAAGCAUUUUGACAUAACUAUGGCCCCUUUUACACGUAGAUAAUUAAACAUUUUGCUUAAAUUGCCAUAACUUCCUUAUUUAUGAUCACAUUUUAUUAUUACUUUGACGAAACAACACUAACCUGAAUACCACAAUGGAUUCCACCCAAACAAUACCCCACGCCCCUACCAGAAUCCCUUCCCCCCCCCAACCUCACCC